CGAUGCCAUCGUCAACUCGCACUACAUGGACGACUACAUCGACAGCCUGCCCGACGAGGCGACAGCGAUCGAAAUGGUAAAAAAUGUCAGUUAUAUCCACAGGGCGGGCGGCUUUGAAAUAAGAAAUUGGACGAGCAACAGCGUCGCAGUUUUAAACAGCGUGCCAAAGGAGACCUUAGGCACUGCUGCUGUAAGGUUCAAAGUCGGCCAGCAACAUGAGAGCGAGCGUACCUUAGGUCUCAUUUGGUACCCUGCUGAUGACAUAUUGGGCUUCGAUCUGUCAUUAAAACGUAUACCGAGCGACGUACUUGAAGGUGAGAAUAGGCCUACGAAACGUGUAAUGUUAAGAGUAAUUAUGUCAAUAUUUGAUGUACUAGGUUUUUUAGCACCCUUCACGAUUCAAGGCCGAAUUAUGCUUCAAGAGGCUUGGCGCUUACAGGUGGAUUGGGAGGAUUACAUUCCAGACCAAAUUAAUCACAAGUGGCGAAAAUGGGUCGACCUUUUGAAGGUAAUUAAAGAUAUCCGUAUACCUAGGUGGUACUGCACAGCCGCGCGCAAUGCGGUAAGGGACAGCCAAUCGGCUACAGCGCGUGCGAGCGAAAUGCAAGAUUGUGUGGAUAUCGUCGCAACGGCACCUACCUCUCCCCCUGCGACCCACGCACCUACGCACAGUGCUACGAAAUGCUACGAGGGCGUAGCGGCAUCUACAUCUGCUACGACCGCAUCGAGUAGUAAGUACUCAUAUUAUAAUAAUUUACAAAUGCAUUUUUUUAGCGAUGCAUCUUCUCAGGCGAUGUCAGCUGUGGGCUAUUGGCGCUGGGAGGAUAACGGCACUAUUUAUGUUGCAUUUAUUGCCAGCAAAAGCAGAGUUAUGCCGAUAAAACAGCUGACUAUACCGAAGGCUGAGCUGCAAGCUGCAUUGUUGUCUGCAAGACUAGCCAAUGCAAUUGGAAAGGAGCACAAACUGACGCCAACGAGGCGUUACUUCUGGUGUGACUCCUCAACUGUAUUACAUUGGAUUCGCAACAAAAAUCGUACGUAUAAGGCCUUUGAAGCAAAUCGCUUGGGGGAGAUUGACGACCUUACCCGCGUUGACGAGUGGCGGUACAUUCCUACGAAACUAAAUGUUGCCGAUUUAGCGACGCGGGACUCGUUUGAUCUAGCCCUACAGAGCGAGUGGUUUAAAGGUCCUUCUUUUUUAUACGCUGACGAAAGUCUAUGGCCAAAGGAUAUAAUACCGGCCUGUAACGAGGAGGAGACAGGGGAAUGCGUAGCAGUCGUCCAGGUGCGUGACGAACCUGCAUGCAUGCCAGUGCCGGACCCACAGCGCUUCUCUUCGUGGCUUCGUCUCACCCGUGCCACGGCGGCAGUGCUAAAGUUCAUCGCUAGGUGCAAAGGUCAGGCGGUCGAGAUCGAUUGCGCAAUGAUGGAGCGCGCUGAGAUACUUUUACUAAAACACGCGCAAAACGAGUCUUUUGGGGAAGACUUAGCCAGAAUUAAGGCGCACGGGGCUUUACAUCGCGCAAGUAAGUUAUUAAAAUUAUCACCCAUUUUAGACGAACAUGAACUACUUCGCGUGGGCGGGCGCAUUGACGCCGCAUCAGAUGUGCCUCUGGACGUCAAGAGACCCGUGAUCCUGGACGGCCGUCAUCAGGUAGCACGCUUAAUCGUCCGGCAUUACCAUGUGAAAGCGGCCCACGGAAGUCAGGAGAUGGUGGUAAACGAAAUAAAGCAAAGGUAUUGGGUACUUAGACUUCGACCUACUGUAAAACUCGUGACGUCAAGGUGCAUGCUGUGCAGGAUAACGAAGAGCAAACCUCAGGUACCGCGCAUGGGCGAUUUACCACAGGCCAGAAUAGAAUACCAUCAGCGACCCUUUUUUCACUGUGGGUUGGACCUUUUUGGGCCAAUGGAGGUCGCGGUGGGUCGCCGCAGAGAGAAAAGAUAUGGUGUUCUAUUCACAUGCCUCACAGUGCGGGCGAUUCAUAUCGAGCUGGUUGCCUCCCUUACAACCGACUCGCUUAUCAUGGCGUUGCGACGCAUGGCGGCGCGGCGCGGCUGGCCGCGCCAUCUGUACUCGGACAACGGUACUAAUCUGAGGGGCGCCGACACAGAGUUGCGUCGGUCAAUGGAGGCGCUAGAUAUGGACGUUCUAAAAGCUGAGGGGGUUAAUAACAACAUGGAUUGGACUUUUAUUCCCCCCGCCAGCCCCCAUUGGGGUGGGGCGUGGGAACGUUUAAUACGUUCAGUAAAGACGGCUCUCAAAGUCGUUUUAAAAGAACGAGCACCAAGGGACGAAGUUUUGACCACAUUAAUGGCAGAAGUUGAGAACAUGGUCAACGGUCGUCCAUUGGUGCACGUGUCUGUCGAUCCUGCUGACGGUGAGUCUCUUACUCCUAAUCAUUUCCUUUUAGGGUCAUCAUCGCGACUCCCUCUUGUAGGAGAGUUCGAUGAUUCUGAUCUCAACUUGAGGAAACUAUGGCGGAAGGCGCAGAGGCUCGCUGACAUGUUCUGGCAGAGGUGGCUAAGAGAAAUCUUACCCACCCUCGUGCCUAGGACAAAAUGGCUAGAGGAGCGGAAGCCGCUAAAAGUAGGGGACCUCGUUCUGGUGGUAGAUCCCAACUCUCCCCGCAAUAUGUGGCCGAAGGGAUUGAUCACGCAGGUAAUUCCUGGCGCAGACGGACGGAUCCGUUUAGUGGAGGUGAGGACGGCUACCGGGACUUACCGGAGGUCCGCGGCUCGCAUCGCUCCUAUUCCCGUAAGUUUAGAGUGCUGAGUCAGCACUGGGGUGGGGAGUGUUAGCGAUGCGCUCACUAUAGGUACAUAUGUAACUAGUUAAGUUUAUUUUUAAGGAAAAGUUGCCAUGUUAAAUACAUACUUAGCUACUAAUACUUAAGGUUCAAAAUUGUAUGACAUGUUAUGCAAGUAAUGUGCACUACGUUGCUAUGCGCCGGCGGCAGUCCGCUGCUAGACGCGAUCGGUUUAACUCGACCCUGUAUCCGAAAGUUAAAAUAAAAGUUUCAUUGUCAAGUUUA